AAGCUGGAAAAAUGCUGCGUCAAAGAUCUUUCACCCUGCUGCUCGUUGCCUUGGUGGCAUUGGAGUUCCUGAUCGUGGAUGUGAGUGGAGCACCAUCGGGGAGAAACGUAAACGAAAAAGACAUAAAAGGAAAGACAGCCCUGCAUAGAGCUGCUGAGACUGGUAAUGUGAAGGAAGCUCAAAAACUCAUCGAUCAAGGAGCCGAAGUUAAUAUUGAAAGUAAUUUGAAGGUGACACCUCUUCAUUAUGCCGCUAACAAUGGUCACAAGAAUGUUGCUGAACUUCUCAUCCGUAAAGGAGCCAUUGUUGAUAGUGAGGAUGAUUUCCAUGCGACACCUCUUCAUUCAGCUGCUCUCAAAGCAAUCAUGUAA